UGCUGUUAAGGAGCACGUUUCUCUCAACUGCUCAUCGUGUGGCAAAUCAGAGAAACGUGGCUUUGAUGGGAAGCCACGUUUUCUUUGUAUUUUAAAUAUCGGUCUUGGUCCCGAGCUCCUCUCUCAUGCUGCUGAAAAUCUUCAGAAACUACACCAUCCAUAAGGAGAGAUAGAGUUUUGGAAACCAAAGACUUGCAACCCAACAAUGGCUGGAGUUUUACCUAGCAUAUCUGAUAUUCGUUGUGAGGUUCCCGAACUUAGAGGAGAUAACUUUAAGAUAUGGAAGGAGAGAAUUCUUCUUCAAUUAGGGUGCAUGGACAUAGAUUAUGCUAUAAGGAAAGAUGAACCGCAUAAGAUCACAGAUACCAGCACACCUGAACAAAUUUUAUUGUACGAACGCUGGGAGAAAUCUAAUCGCCUUAGCGUAAUGUACAUUAAGACAAAAAUCAGUGCUGGUAUACGUGGUUCAAUCGAGCAACAUGAGAAUGUCCGUGAAUUGCUAAAGGCUAUUGACGAGCAAUUCGUCACUUCAGAUAAAGCCUUGGCAAGCACCCUAAUUAUGAAGUUCACAUCCCUGAAGCUCACCGGUGUAAGAGGUGUGCGUGAACAUAUCAUGGAGAUGAGGGACAUUGUGGCUCAAUUGAAGAAACUCGAGGUAGAAAUGUCUGAAUCUUUCUUGGUGCACUUUAUUCUUAACACUCUUCCACCUCAGUAUGGACCUUUCAAAAUCUCUUACAACACACAUAAGGAUAAGUGGUCUAUCAAUGAAUUGAUGACCAUGUGUGUUCAAGAGAAAGGAAGGUUAUUGAUGGAACAAGGAGAAAGUGCCAUGCUGGUGACGCAAAGGAAAGGAAAGAAAGGAAAAUCUCAAGCUAGUCAGAAAGGGAAGCAACAAAUUCCUCCCAAAUCUGACAUUAAGAAAGACGAAAAGUGUUUUUUCUGUAAAAAGAAAGGACACGUGAAGAAGAAAUGUCUGAAAUUUCAGAAUUGGCUUGAGAAGAAAGGGUAUGCAAAACCUAAGGAAGCCAGUGACAAGUGAGCAAUUCAUCUUAUCCGGAAACAAGAUGGGCUCGCAUGUGGAAGCAAUAGGGAUAUGUUAUUUAACUUUAAAUAGUGGUUUUGUUUUAGAAUUGCAAAAGACUUUUUAUGUACCAAGUUUCUCACGAAACUUGAUUUCAGUUUCUAGACUUGUACCGUUUGGAUAUUCCUUUCAUUUUUCAGAAACAUCUUUCAGUUUGAUUUAUAAAUCUGAAUGUGUUGGGAAUGGUAUCUUGUCUGAUGGUCUUUAUUGUAUAUUCUUACAAAAUGAUACUGCUCAUAAUUCAUUGCAUGUCCAAACUGGCAUUAAGAGAUGUGUUGUAAAAGAGGAUUCCUCUACAUUGUGGCACCGGAGAUUAGGUCAUAUCUCCAUAGAUAGAAUCAAAAGAUUG